AUGACGACGCAUUUGGUUAGCUUGCAAAUAGGGGAUUAUAACAUGCAUCGGGUCCUUGUCGACAACAGCAGCUCAGUGGACAUCCUAUACUAUCCAGAAUUCCAGCAAAUGAGGAUUGACAGGGAACGGUUAUCCCUAACGAAUGCCCUUCUCGUGGGAUUUGGAGGAACGAAGGUGUUCCUCUUGGGCGUGAUCACACUAUCUGUGAUGGCAGAUGACUAUCCUCAGCAGAUCACUAGGGAGGUACGAGAUACCAGAGUGAUGGUCUUUGACAACGGUAAGCAAUUCGAUAACAGCGCAUUCAGAGACUUCUGCUUGGAGCUAGGGAUUAAGAAUCACUACUCGUCGCCUGCACACCCACAAGCUAAUGGGCAAGUCGAAGUUACGAACCGAUCCUUGCUCAAGAUAAUUAAGACUCGACUUGAGGGGGCAAAGGCAUACAGAAGUGAAGCUGUCAUUCCCACAGAAGUAGGGCUCACAAGCUAUUGGGUGGAGAACUACGACAAGGAUAAGAACGAAGAGGCCAUGUGCCUUCAGCUCAACCUAGUGGACGAAGUCAAAGUGACAGCAGAGCAAAGGUUGGCGCGUUAUCAGAAUCUCAUGGCGAAACACUACAACUCCAACGUUAGGCAUAGAGACUUUUAG